AUGACCUCCGAGCCAAAUACGCCGCCCGAUUCCACCGACAACCCCCCACCCGCCCCCCUCCCAAAUCCAACGAUGACGAUCCCCCACCCGCCGAAGAAGAAGCGGGUCGACGACCACGCGCCGCUGCCCGCCGACAUCGGCCUCAAGCCCGUCCAGCUCCAGCGCAGGCGGGUCUGGCGUGCUUGCGAAUCCUGCAGACGCAAGAAGAUCAAGUGCGACGGUGUCGAACCCACAUGUUCUCAAUGCUCGGCGUCGAAGUCUCAGUGUACAUGGCUACAGACGAAGGACAGAGCCGCUUUGAGCAGACACUAUGUCCAGGAACUGGAGGCCCGCAUCCAGCACAUGGAGACCGUGAUCCAGCAGGUCACCCCCAUCCUCGAGCAGGUCACCCAAACCACAGGGCUCGACCUCACCGCAAUAUCUGCCGCCCUAUCCGGGAGCCAGUCCCAGUCAACAUCCUCCGCACCACCAUUCCCGGAUAGUGCUGUCUCGAAUGUGCUGCAGUCUAUCCUCCCUCGGGUCCGCGAGAGCUCCGUGCUUACAAACGGCGGCGACAGCCGCAGUACGAGUGGAAGCGGAGAGUCAGACGAGCCGACGGUGAAGAUUGAGGAUGACGUCUCCGACGCGUUCGGACAGCUCGCGCUUGACGAGCACGGCCACCUGCACUGGAUCGGAAAGUCGUCCACCAUGACUCUUAUCCAGCAAUUGCGGGACGCCACGACUGCGCCCGUCAACCGCAUAUCCCCAAUGGAGGAGGACCCGACUGCGCCAGGCCCGAGCGCGAAUAAGCUCUAUUACCCCGCGAGCGUGUUCUUCGGGAAGGUCAGGGCGCUUCCGCCACCCGAGGAAGUCGAGUAUCCCGAACGAGAUCUCGCGGAUAAGCUCGUCGAUGCGUACUUCGCGCGGUUCCACUUCCUGAUGCCCGUCAUCGACAAGCCAUCGUUCCUGCGCAAGUACAAGGAUGUGAUGGACCACCGGGAGAAUCCCGAGUUCAAGCGGAAUUACAUGGCGUUCAUAGCGCUCAUGUGCUCCGUCUUCGCUGUGGCGUCGCGCUUCGUGGACGACCCGCGGCUGAACAAGAAUGGGAACUUGGACGAUGGCGGAAUGGGUGUCGUUUACAUCGAACGUGCGCUCAUCCUGCACUACACGAGCUACCCUUCCAUACAGCUCGAACACGUUCAGUGCUUCCUUCUGAUGUCUUCUUUCCUCUGCUCCGUGAACUGCCUGCCACAGGCGUGGCUGCUCGUCGGACAGGCCGUCCGCGCUGCACAAGACAUCGGUCUUCACCGUUCGCCCCGAUGGCUCGCACUUAGCCCGAUACAGAAGGAGACACGCCGCAAGAUCUGGUGGGGUGUGUAUACGCUCGAUCGGAUGCUCGCCCUCGCCCUCGGCCGACCCCUGGCGAUCGAAGAUGCGGACUGCGAUGUGGAGAUGCCCGCGGACGUCGACGACGAGCUGCUGCCUCAGUACUUCAACGGCGACGAGAAGAUGCCCACCGUUACGCUCAUGAAGGGCUUCAACGAGCUCAUCGAGCUGUACAAGAUCGCAGGGCGUGUUCUCCGCGAGAUAUACGCGCUCGACAAGACGAAGGACCACCUCGAGAUGGACAAGCGCAUGGAGCUCGACCGGUCCGUAGAGACGCUCGACCGAAGACUGUCAAAGUGGUGCGAAGCCCUUCCGGAGGAAUUCAAGGUCAAGCCGCGCACGGAGAAGCAGGUGUCCAUGGCAGCGGUACUGUGCAGUCACUAUUACUCCAUUCUGACGACUCUCCACCGCAACUUCCUCCCGGUGAAGCGGGAGCAGCCCGUCGCCCCAAGUUCGACAAGUUCCACCGCGAAGGCCGUCCAGACCGCCCGUGCCUGCGUUCGCCUGGCCCCGUCCAUCAAGAACGUCGUCCCACCGAGCCACCACUUUGCGUUCUUCAUUCAGAACCUGUUCAGCUCUGCGGUGAUCAUCCUCCUCUAUGCCAUGCAUACGACCGACCCCAUGGCGUCGCAGGCGGCGCUCGAAGAGGCGCGGAGCUGCCUCGCCGUACUGGAGUCGUGGGAGGGCUUCUGGCCUGGAGCACGCAAGUGCAAGGAGCUCCUCGAGGACCUGUCUGCGAAAGCCAGCGAGGCGAUCAGGACCGCCGUAUUCCACCCGCCGCCGCGGGGUUUCAUGGGUGCUUCCUCUUCUUCUCCGCAGGCAGCCCCCGGACCAUCGGCCCCGUCUCCGAGCCCUUCUUCGCCCAUGUACCACGACGGACGCUCCGCGUCCAUCUCGGUCCCGGUCUCCGAGCGACUGAUCAAGGGCAGACCGCGGAGGGACCGGUCGCGUGACGUGCCUAUGUCACCCCGCAACGCGCACGCCUCGACACAUUAUCGCACGGACUGUGAGUGCUCUUCUACGUGCGGCGCGGCGUUGCGCGCCCGGUCGACGUCCCGGAAACGGCCCCAUGACGAGGACCAGUACCACGACGGAUACACGGCGCUCGGCCUUCCAAGCUCGUACCCCGGCCGCUCGAACCUGGGCGCGAGUUCGCACAGCUCCCCGGUGUCCGUCAACAGCCACCCGUCGCCGCCCGGGCCGGCGCACCGGACGAUGGACAGCGGCGACAUGAUGCAGGGCUCGUCGGGCUACCCGCAGCUCAGCAUGGCGCAGUCGCCAAGCGUGCAGAUUCCGCGGCAACGGUUCGACUAUGACUUUGCGCUCGGCAGCCCUGCGGACAGGUGGGCAAGCCCUGCGGUGGACCAGAACGAGCUCAAGUUCUUCCCUGCGGACUCGAUGGCAGGAGGCGGGCCGUCGUAUGGGCGCACUCAUGGGCACCAGCACCAGCACUCGGGCAGCUUCUCUGGACAGCUGCCUGGGCUCGACACGUCCUCACCGUACCUAAGCAAUUUCGACGGCGCCAGCUUUGGCAUGGACUUCUCGCCAGCGCCGGCGUCAGCACCGGUUGGGGGCACGGGCACGACACCGCCGUCGGCGGGUUUCGCUGCGCCCGGGCUGCCAUUCCGCGGGCUCGACUACAUCCGCAACUACGAUCCUACGUCGGGGAGCCCGAACGCGGGCGCGGGCGCGCCGUACGUGGGGCUCGGGGAACAGGACCAGUACUGGCAGCCGUUCGACGCUGGCGCGUUCGGCGUGGACCCAGAGGUCGCGUUCACGCUCGGCGGUGAUUUCACGACAGACGGACAGGCGUGGCAGAAUGACAUGAACGGACGGUGA